CUGACCUCACACAAGAAACUCCAAGCACAAUGAAAUACGCUUUGGCUCUUGUUUUGUUGGCUGCCAUGAUGGCAUGUGUCCUGGCACGAGGCAGUAGGUAUGGGGGCUACGGAGGAGGAUAUGGCGGCUAUGGUGGUUAUGGAGGAGGCUAUGGUGGCUAUGGCGGCGGCUAUGGAGGAGGCUAUGGUGGCUAUGGCGGCGGCUAUGGUGGCUAUGGAAGAGGCUAUGGUGGUUAUGGCGGAAGCUACGGUGGUUAUUAUGGUGGCUAUGGAAGAGGCUAUGGUGGCUAUGGAUACGGAAAGUAAUUCAUUAAUGACAACAUGAAAGAAAAAAAAUGUGAUUUCUAUUUUAUAAUGCCUGAGAUAUCUCAUGAAAUUAUUGAUUCUAUUCCUUCUAAAGUUAGUGCAACAAGGACCGAAAAGGGCAGUGUUCUAUUCUGCAGUCGGCAAGAUUUUAUACUACUUUAUUCUUUUAUCAGUUUAUAAGUAAUGAA